AGCGAUAAGGUGUAUUGGAAAAUCAUGAUUGUUGAAUUGCUUUGGUAUAAUGGGCAGUGUUGAUGAUACCCUCCUGGUGAGACAUCUCCCGUCACAGCUCUUCAAUGGAGACAAAGAAGAACUCCUAAGACAUUUUGGGGCAGUUAGGGUCAAAGUGAUGGGCGCUAGAGGUGCAAUGAAACAUACAGCAUUUGUUACAUUCUCAGACAGUAUGCAUGCCGCUAAGGCAUUAAACAGGUUACAUCAACUUGAGGUAUUAGGAUGUAAACUUGUGGCAGAGUUUGCUAAGAAAUCUCACCAGAAACAUUUCCCAUCCAUAUCAGACAAUCAAAGGGGAAGAAAGGUCACAGAAGAGAAACAGGACAAGAGAACAGAAGAUAAAACACAGAAUCUGCCAUCAUCUGAUACAGUGUAUAAAAAAUGGGGGGUAAAUUAUCCAAAGAACCCCAAACUGUGUUACUUGUAUCCACCACCUACAGUCAGUAUCAUAACAAAUAUAGCCAAUGCUCUAGCCUCAUGUCCGAGGUUCUAUGUGCAGGUAUUGCAUUUAAUGAAUAAGAUGAAUUUACCAGCUCCAUUUGGUGCAGUUACUCCUACCCCUCCUAUCCCAUUAAAAGAAUCAGCUGUGAUACGUGAACCUGACAAUACAAAGACAGAGGCAAUGGAUGUCUCUAGUACAGAGGAAUCAGAAAUAGAAAGUGAGGGAGAAUCUCUAAAAAAAAGCACAGAUCAGCCCUCAUUAAAAAGACAGAUAAGAAAAAAGCCAAAACUAUCUAGCAAGCGUCCAAGAUUUCUAGAAAAUUUAGAGAUACCUGUUCAAUCAAAUGUUCCUGUCAUGAUGCCAAGUAAAGUCUUUGAAAAUGUACAAGAACAACUUCAAGCCAAGAAAAUACAAAUGAAAAUACCAGAAGCCAUUGUUCAUGAGCAACCACCACAAGAAACAACAAAUCCAGAACCUGGUUUUCUAUCAGAUGUACUAUCAUCAUUAAACAGAGCAGAAGAAAUCCAUGCUGAGGGGGGAUUUGGCAAAAUAGAACCGGUUAAAAAGGCAUCAGAGAAUAUUGAAAUAAAGGACACUAAUUUACCGUACACAGUAGACUCAAGCAAGUUCUUAUCAAUAGAAGAAAUAAAGAAAGGAAGAAUAUCACAAAGUGAAUGGAAGAAUUAUUCUGUGUUCAGGAAAUAUGAAGCAGGUGACAGAACGAAAAGAUUAUAUCUGAAAAAUCUAAAUAAACACACCAGUGAACAGGAUUUGGUUGAUAUAUUUGGAAAUUAUAUAGACUGGAAUUCAGAGACGGAGAAAUCCAUGUUUGAUAUACGAGUUAUGAAGGAGGGAAGAAUGAAAGGACAAGGAUUUAUCACUUUUCCAUCAGAAGAAUCAGCAGAGAGAGCUAUGCAUGAUACCAAUGGAUUUACCCUUAACAAUAAACCCAUGGCAGUUCAAUUUGCACGAUCAGCAAAAGCAAAAGAUGCCACUGUAGAGAAAUCUUGACAGAUGGAUGGUUUAUAAGGGAGAAUAAGUUAUUUCAAAUCUCAUUGGAGUUGGUUGCUGAAACUAGAGAAUUUGAUAGACACCAUGACUUUAAUACUAAACUGAAUCAACAUUCAAUUGUAUUGGUUACAGAAGACAGACAAAAAUCAAUAAAAAUCUACAAUUUGA